AUGCUCUCUGACGGGCUGCUCAGAUCCAGACAUGAAGAGAUCGCGCGUUGUUUGUCGUCGCGGAAGCGCAAGCUGAGCGAGCUCUACUAUGCGACGGCGAUUUUCCCCCAUCCCAGCGAGGGCAGCGUUCAGAGAGAGCCCCAGAAGGAGGCCGCAUUCCUCGACGCCAACGACCUGACCAAAGGCCGGCUUUACGAUGAAAACACCUUGCCUGAACGGCCACGGCUUGAGACAGUACUUGCAGAGAGUGAGAGAAAGUAUGGACCGUCGCGCGCUGACGAGCACGAUCGAUCUCAGAGACCAGCCUCUCCGCCAGCUGUCGGCGUAACCAGUCACCAACAGUCUCCGCGAAGUGUAUCUUUAGGAAUGAGCGCUCAACCACGGCUCGCCGUGUCUACAGCAGGUGUCCAGACGGUAGACACGCCGGAUACAGGACAGGCCACUUCCAAAGCUCGCCAUCAGCUCAAAGGUGUCGGCACCAGCCACCAUGCCUCCGCAUCUCCCGCCAAACCCGUCUCCUCCCCUCAGACCACUACCCAAGCAACCUCGCCUUCAGGCAUCUCCCGCACUUCUUCCUUUAACGACCGUCUAGGCGUCGUGCCCAUCGUCGUCCCCCCAAAGAUCAACGAGACUGCUUCGUCACCCAUGUCUACGGGCCCGUCUUCCAGUCAUACGUCUGCGACCGAGCGAUCGCCUGCGUCCAGCUCGACCGAAUCAGUCGCCUCGAUCGGUGACUCUCUAUCUAUGGGUAAGAUCUCUACCGAAGAGCCAGCGUCAAAUACCCAGUCGCAGCCGCUGUCCGCCGCCGUACCCUCUACUCCUGAUGAACAGCUCCAGCUCGAGGCCGCCAUGUCCAUACGGAACUCUGCCACGCCCAAGCAACCUGCAAUGAACCAGGAUAGAGAUGGAGACCAACAGAUGGCCGAAGCACCGGCAGCGAUCAAAGAACCACAGCUAAAACGCGAACCAACCGAGUCAGUCACCAACAGUCGACCCUCCUCCUCAGCUGGGCCACCGGCCGUACCUGACACCAAAAGCGCGACGAAACCAGUCGACGGCCAGAAACAGGUCGCCGAACAGCAUCCACGACCCGAACGGAUGACUACCAGAGUCGCGUCAGGCGCAAUUCGGCACAAGUCUGUAUCGGAGAUCUUGGGAGAAAGCCCAAAGCCAAGCUCGACGCCGGAAACCGAACACCAUUCAAGGGACUCUCGACGGUCAUCCGUUUUUGACAAACAGCCUGCUACCUCUCAGACCUCUCCAGCUUCACCCUCCAAACUACGACUGAGCGAACGGCCGGACAAGGAGAGAAGUAAACUAUCGACCGUCGUGUUCCCCAAGACAUCGAGCCAAGAGAAGGAAAAGGCAAUGAUGUUGGCUUGCCGUCGAGAUGAAGCAUCCCAUAAAUCUCCUAACGAGGAGCAGGACUACCUCUACACUCUCUUCCAGGCGAAGGCUCACUAUCCUCCCCGUACCAUGAGUCUUAAUACCCUUCUAUCAACCGCACACAAAACUCUCAACACCUCUAACCAUUUCCUCGAAUACCACGAACAAAUGGACUGCCGUACCUUGAAGCGAAUCUACCAGCUGCAACAUUCUAAUCGAUGGGCUCUCCGACAACUACAGCGGUCUCCAGAGCCAUCGAGGCAGGCCACUCACUGGGAUAUCAUGCUGGAUCAUGUAAAAUGGAUGCGUAUGGACUUCCGAGAAGAACGAAAAUGGAAACUCACAGCCGCGAAGCGUUGCGCAGAGUGGUGUGCAGAGUACGUUGCCAGCGAUGAAGACCGCCGACGCUCUCUGCGUGUACCCGUCAAACGACUACCGGAAAUCUCAGAACUGGACAAGUCGACAGAUGGCCAUGCUGACGAAGUGCUACCGAACAAUCAUCCUACCCCUGACUUGAUUCCAUCUGCCGACGACGACUCAGUGAGCGAUGGUUUCAAUGAUGACCAUCCGGAUUUCGGUGACGGAAAUGUCCCUGCUGCUAUAUUCUCGUCAGGAUCGGACGAGUUCACAUUCCGCAUGGAGCGGACUAUGGCCUCAGAGAAAAUCCUCGGGGAACUGCCGUUCUACUGUCCCGUGCAAAUAGUGCCAGAAACUAAUAAACCUGCUUUCAAGGUCCAGCCCGAUGAUGUAUGGAAGACACAGCUACUGCCAGUCUCGAAAUACGCCCAGGGAACGAUACAGUUUAAGGAAGACGGACCGCCAAAGAAACGAAGUCGAUAUGAUUACGAACAAGACAUGCAUAAUGAUGCCGAUGACGAGGAUGAAUAUAGAUCUCUCUUACCGGAACAGACAGACGUCGCUCUCUUUUCAUCAGAGUACAAAGGCCUUCGUGAUCGAAUUCACCCCGGCCAUGCCUUCCGCCCUCCAACCGAGUACGUUAUGCCUCCACUUGGAUUCUACGAGUCUCGGCAGUCAUCCCACUGGACGUACGCAGAGGACGACGAACUUCGCAAACUUGUACAAGAAUACUCUUUCAAUUGGUCCCUUAUCGCCAGCUGUCUGGCCCCGCGAUCCUGCUUUACAUCCAGUUCUGAGAGGAGGACUCCCUGGGAAUGCUUUGAGCGUUGGAUUGGGUUAGAAGGACUACCUAGUGAUAUGGCGAAGACUCCUUAUUUCCGGACAUACAGUGCUCGCUUAGAAGCUGCCCAGAGAACAAUAAUCAACGCACAGCAACAGGCUGUACAGCAGCAGCAGCAGCAGCAACAGAACGGCGGCCAAAUGAAUCCAAAUUCACAAGCAAUGAUCAGAAGAAGAACAGCGCAACCGUUAAGGGUGGAGAGGAAGCGGACAUCAAGACAUUUGGCUCUCCUGGCUGGGAUGCGUAAGCUCUCUCAGAAGCGAGAGGCAAUUCUUCAAAAGCAACAGCAUGCCACACAACUUGCUUCAUUACGCAAGGCCAAUGAGGCAACUCAGCCACGUCCACCAAUUUCUACGCCUCAGGAGUUUAGCCAGUUGAAGCAUGAAAGGGAACUCAAGUUUUUGGAGAAACAAGAGCAGUACCGUCAGCAAAUGAUUGCUCAUCAACGGGCCGCUCUAGCUCAGCGUGCAGCACAGCUUAAUAACCCAUCUGGUCAGUUCAAUGGUAUGCCGGUCCGUCCUACAGGAACAGUCCCCAAUUCUACCGCUGGUGUUCAAGUCCCUAUUGCAAACGGGCUAUCGAAUGGCAUGCCAAAUGGUGUGGCUGUUUCUCAAGCUCGCCCACACCCAGGUAUGCCAGCUAUACAAAAUGCGCUCCCAGCAACCGGCCCAAUCCCAGUUCCCGGCGGAAUGCCAAUGAAGAUGAUACCCCAACAAGGCCUACAGCAGCCCAUCAGUGGCCGACCAGGCCUUCCCAUCCAAAACUCCCCUGACAAUUCACGCAUCAUCCGGGAAGCCAAUCGCCUUCAAGAGCAACAGCGUCUUCUGCAAUCUCGUCAGCAACAACACCAGUUUCACGGUGGGCAGCAAGCUUUCGUCCCGCAGCAAGGGCCUCAUUCUUCCCCUAACAUGAAUGCCGCCCCCGCCACUACGGCAAACAACCCUGCCCUUAUGGCUGCUUUCCAGGGUGCAACCAAUGCGGGAAGCCCUUCCUUUGCCGCCUCAUCUCUUAAUCCUGGCAUGAUGCCUGCCGCUUCUCCCCGCAUGAAUCACCCGUCCGCCACUCUCCCUAAUGCCCCAUCAAUGCCCACAGUUAACAAUAUUCAAUCCUCCCUUCAACGCCUCCACCCCAACAUGUCACAAGAACAAAUCUCCAAACUCGCCACAGAGCGUCUGCAACAGUAUCAGCAGCAACAGCAGCGGUUAUCCCAGGCGGCUUUAAACGCUGCCGCAGGCAACCUUGGCGUCGGUAACCUCCCCCCCAACUACCCAGCAGGAAAUACUGGACAACAAAUUCCUCAAGGUGCUGUAAAUGGUGUACCAUCUGUCCCACUGCAAAACCAAGCACAGGGAUACUUGAACCGACUAGGUGUAUCCCAGGCAGGUGGUCAACAGAACCGCCCAGGGGUAGGCAUAGCCAGUCCGGCGAUGACCAGCAUGCUCAUGCAUCAAAGCCGAAGUUCAACACCACAGAGCCAGAGGCCUGCCAGUAGCCAAGGAGGUCCACAGCAGCAACAAUCCCAGCCACAACAGCCUAGCAAAAGCCCGAGGGCCCCGCAAGCGCAGACGGCGUCUAGCUGA